GAAAAAAUUAAUUCACAUGCACGUAUAUGACAUCAAUUUUUCCGACCCUUGUAAGUUGUAAAACUACGAGUAACCAUUUAAUCCCACCUCAUUGAUUCGUUGUUUUCAGAAAUUACAAAUCAGAAGGUCUAUAAAUAGUAAAUGAUUCACUGGCCACAAAUGCCGCCUUAGCUUAGCUAAACAAGAAAACAAAAUCGACAAUGGCGACUACUCAUACUGCCAGCCCCGCCGGAAAACCCAAACUCCACUCUCAAAGGAAGCUCCGCCGGACAUAUUUCAACCGGGCAUUCGCCGCCGUUUACUCACUAGCCAUCUUAGCUCUAGUCUACCACCAUGUACUCGCCCUCAUCCAAUCCAAAUCCUUCUUAUCCUUCUCCAUCUCCAUUUCCAUGCUAUUUGCCGACCUCAUACUGGCUUUCAUGUGGACCACAACUCAGUCGUAUCACAUGAACCCUAUAGUCCGACAAGUUUACUUAGAAAACCUUGAAAAGGUGAUCACUUCCAAGGAGGAUUUUCCGGGUCUGGAUAUUUUCAUUUGCACGGCUGACCCGUAUAAAGAGCCGCCUUUGGGCGUGGUGAACACCGCCUUGUCAGUGAUGGCGUAUGAUUAUCCGCCGGAAAAGUUGUCCGUUUAUGUGUCGGACGAUGGAGGGUCGGAGUUGACUUUGUUUGCUUUCAUGGAGGCUGCUAAGUUUGGAAGGUCUUGGCUGCCUUUUUGUAAACAAAAUAAUAUUGUGGACAGAUGCCCUGAUGCUUAUUUCAAGUCGGCUUAUUCUUCCAGUUCUGAGACUCAAAACAUCAAGGAAAUGUAUGAGAAGAUGAGGACAAAAAUAGAAAGUGUGAUGGAGAAAGGAAAGGUGACAGAUGAAUACAUCACUAGUGAAGAAGAGCAUGAAGCUUUUAGCAUCUUCCAACAAGAAUCUUUCACUCGUCAACAACAUCCUUCUGUUAUUCAGGUUUUAUUAGAAAGUGGUAAGGACGACAAAGACAGAGCUGGAAACUCCAUGCCCAAUUUGAUUUACAUUUCCAGGGAGAAAAGCAAGAGCUAUCCCCAUCAUUUUAAGGCUGGUGCCCUAAACACCUUGCUCCGGGUCUCGGCAGUAAUGACAAAUGCACCAAUAGUGCUCACUCUCGACUGUGACAUGUUCUCAAAUGAUCCCAAAACGGUCCAAUCGGUGCUCUGUUACGUAAUGGAUCCUCCUGACCCGGCCAAAUUAGGAUACAUCCAAUUCCCACAGAUGUAUCAUGGGUUAAACAAGGCCGACAUAUAUGGAUCUGAAUUCAAGCCAUUGUUUCAAAUGAAUCCAGUGGGUAUGGAUGGCAUUAAGGGCCCAAAUUACGUUGGAACUGGAUGCUUUUUCAAUCGACGAGUUUUCUUCGGGGGUCCUUCAUCUUUUGUUCAGCCAGAAAUUCCUGAACUUGGACCAGAUUUUACUGUCAAGGAGCCUCUUGAUUCUCCACUUACAAAGAGCCGAGCUCACCAAGUAGCUGCAUGUAACUAUGAAGACCAGACUCAUUGGGGUUCAAAGAUUGGAUUCAGAUAUGGAUCACUGGUGGAAGACUAUUACACAGGUUUUCGACUUCUUUGUGAAGGAUGGCAUUCCAUAUUUCACCACCCCAAGAGGCCAGCAUUCCUUGGCGAUAUCCCAAUUUCCCUUCAUGAUGUCCUUAGCCAAAAUAAGAGAUGGUGUGUCGGGCUUCUGGAGGUAGCUUUCUCCAAGUACAGCACCAUAACAUUUGGAGUCAAGUCCAUGGGAUUUCUAGCAUCUCACGGUUUUACCCACAUUGCUUUCUGGCCACUUUGGUCAAUUCCUAUUACUCUUUAUGCCUUUCUUCCCGCACUAGCUCUCCUCAACGAUAUCUGCAUUUUCCCAAAGGUAUCCGAUCCGUGGUUUGGCUUGUAUGCCUUUUUAUUCCUUGGGGCAUAUGGGCAAGAAUGUCUAGACUUCAUUUUAGCCGGGAGUUCAUUUGAGAGGUGGAGGAAUGACCAACGGAUGUGGCUCAUCAAAGGGCUCACUUCUUACACGUUUGGAACCAUUGAGUACAUAACCAAAAUUGUAGGCAUUGCAUCACAUGGAUUCAAUGUCACGAGCAAAGUAAUUGAUGAUGAACAAGGCAAGAGGUACGAUCAAGGGAUAUUCGAGUUUGGGGUGGCAUCGCCCAUGUUUGUGACAUUGUCAAUGGCCGCAAUCCUCAACAUGGUUGCUUUCGUAUAUGGUUUACUGAAGAUCAAAUCACUGGAGGGCUUGUUUGUUGAAAUGUUUUUGGCUGGUUUUGGAGUCUUGAAUUCCUUGCCGAUUUAUGAAGCCAUGGUCUUGAGAGGUGAUAAGGGAAAAAUGCCAACCAAAAUCACCCUCAUUUCUGCUUCUCUUUCUAUAUUUCUCUAUGUUUCUAGUAUCUUCAUACUAAAGAUAUAGGUGCAAUGUUUGAGCUUAAUGUGCUACUUUAUAUCUAGAAUUUCGACGGACACUGUAGCAAUAUUUCCAUAUUGGAAUCUCUUGCUUGUAGUUAAAAAGGUCUGUCUAGUCCUACUUAAUUUAUAAUUAGUGCAAUUGAUUACAAAAAACAAUGCUUACCCAAAUCUGAAAAUGAUUGUUCAACCUGAA